AGCUGGAGCUGGAGCAGCCAGUGCCUUAGGGAGCAGCCCCCACCCUUUCCCACGCACCCCCGGGACCCUUCCCCAGACCCCUCCCUCCACGCCGCCGCCCGCCGCCGCCUCUUGUCGAGGGGCCCCGAGCUGCUCUAUGGCAUCCCAUGAAAUAUUGACUUGAGGUUGGAUUAUCUUGAAAUCCACCUGACCACUGUCUUACAUCACUAAAACCACAGGACGGAGGCCUAGCAGAGGAAUCUACCUUGGUUGACAAAUCAGACCUAUCUGACAGACCUUUUUAAAGUUGAUUUUUAAUAACUUUUUCAUCUGCACUUUAUGGAUAAUGAAAUCAAGCCAAAUCAAUAUUUCUGCUGAUAUAAAAGUCUUGGAUGAAGAAGGUUUGAAAAUACAACCAUCUGAGAGAGAAAAAAAUAAGAAUUCUUAUUUUAUUUUUUUGAGGUGAAAUACAAGUCUUUUAGGUCUGGAAUCCUGUGGAAUUUCUGUGCAGUCAUCCGUGGGAAACUCUAUUGUAGUCUGCUUUUGGGGAGCAGUCAAUAAGCAUUGUAUGCUGUGUGUGUCUCCUUUCUAAACUCAUUAUGAGUGCCCAGGCUUCCCCAACAGAAAAGGGACUGAACCCUGGACUGAUGUGCCAGGAAAGUUAUGCUUGCAGUGGGACCGAUGAAGCUGUCUUUGAGUGUGAUGAGUGUUGCAGCUUGCAGUGUCCCCGCUGUGAAGAGGAACUGCAUAGGCAGGAGAGGCUACGGAACCAUGAGCGACUUAGACUCAAGCCUGGCCACGUCCCUUAUUGUGACCCCUGUAAGGGCCCCAAUGGGCACUCCCCUGGGGUUAGGCAGCGGGCAUCGGUGAGGUGCCAGACCUGCAAAAUCAAUUUGUGCCUGGAGUGUCAGAAGAGGACUCAUUCAGGGGGUAGCAAAAGAAGACAUCCAGUUACCAUCUACCAUGUCAGUAAGGCACAGGAGCAACUGGAAGGAGAAGGCAUGGAUGAGGAAACCAAGAGGAAGAAGAUGACAGAAAAGGUCGUGAGUUUCCUUCUAGUGGAUGAAACUGAAGAAAUUCAGGUAAUAAAUGAAGAAGACUUUAUUAAGAAACUGGACUGCAAACCUGACCAGCAUCUGAAGGUGGUUUCCAUUUUUGGAAAUACUGGGGAUGGAAAGUCUCAUACCCUUAACCAUACUUUUUUCUAUGGUCGUGAGGUCUUCAAAACAUCCCCAGCCCAGGAGUCCUGCACAGUGGGGGUUUGGGCAGCCUAUGAUCCAGUCCACAAAGUGGCAGUAGUAGAUACAGAAGGGCUCCUGGGAGCUACAGUCAACCUAAGCCAGAGGACGAGGCUGCUUCUCAAGGUUCUAGCCAUCUCUGAUCUGGUCAUCUAUCGGACUCAUGCAGACAGGCUGCAUAAUGACCUCUUCAAGUUCCUUGGAGAUGCUUCCGAAGCCUACCUGAAACACUUUACUAAGGAGCUCAAGGCCACCUCUGCCCGCUGUGGUCUAGAUGUCCCUUUAUCUACUCUGGGUCCGGCAGUCAUCAUUUUCCAUGAAACAGUACAUACCCAGCUGUUGGGUUCUGAUCACCCCUCUGAGGUGCCAGAGAAGUUGAUCCAGGACCGGUUCCGGAAGUUGGGUCGAUUUCCUGAAGCUUUCAGUUCCAUCCACUACAAAGGAACACGGACUUACAAUCCACCUACAGAUUUUUCUGGGCUGAGGCGGGCCUUGGAGCAGCAGUUGGAGAACAACACCACCCGUUCUCCCAGACACCCAGGGGUCAUCUACAAAGCACUGAAGGCAUUGAGUGACCGCUUCAGCGGUGAGAUCCCUGAUGACCAGAUGGCUCACAGUUCCUUUUUUCCAGACGAGUACUUCACCUGCUCCUCCAUUUGCCUCAGCUGUGGGUCUGGAUGUAAAAACAGCAUGAAUCAUGGAAAAGAAGGAGUGCCUCAUGAGGCAAAGAGCCGCUGUAGAUACUCCCACCAGUAUGAUAACCGGGUAUACACCUGCAAGGCCUGCUAUGAAAGAGGAAAGGAGGUCAGUGUGGUGCCUAAAACAUCUGCUUCCACCGACUCCCCUUGGAUGGGUCUCGCGAAGUAUGCAUGGUCUGGGUAUGUGAUCGAGUGUCCUAACUGUGGUGUGGUAUAUCGUAGUCGGCAGUACUGGUUUGGGAAUCAAGAUCCUGUGGACACAGUAGUACGGACAGAAAUCGAACAUGUCUGGCCUGGAACAGAUGGAUUUUUGAAGGACAACAACAAUGCUGCCCAGCGCCUACUAGAUGGGAUGAACUUCAUGGCCCAGUCAGUGUCUGAGCUGAGCCUUGGGCCCACGAAGGCAGUGACAUCUUGGCUGACAGACCAGAUUGCCCCUGCCUAUUGGAGACCCAAUUCCCAGAUCCUGAACUGCAACAAGUGUGCAAUAUCGUUUAAAGAUAAUGACACCAAGCAUCACUGCAGGGCCUGUGGGGAGGGCUUCUGUGACAGCUGUUCAUCCAAGACACGGCCAGUACCUGAGCGGGGCUGGGGGCCUGCGCCUGUUCGAGUGUGUGACACCUGCUUUGAUGCAAGAAACGUCCAUUUAGAUGUUCCAGAGGCACAGGUGGAUGAAGAAGGUGGGACACUGAUUGCCAGGAAAGUGGGUGAGGCAGUGCAGAAUACCUUGGGAGCAGUAGUAACAGCCAUCGACAUACCACUAGGUCUUGUGAAAGAUGCUGCCAGGCCAGCCUACUGGGUGCCUGACCAUGAGAUCCUGCACUGCCACAACUGUCGAAAGGAAUUCAGCAUAAAGCUUUCCAAACAUCACUGCCGGGCCUGUGGCCAAGGCUUCUGCGAUGAGUGUUCCCAUGACCGCCGAGCCGUCCCCUCUCGAGGCUGGGACCACCCAGUCCGAGUCUGCUUUAACUGCAAUAAAAAGCCUGGUGACCUUUAACACCAGCUCCCUCUCCAGGUCCUUCACAAUUCCUUAGGUUCUCAGGGUUAGAAACAAAUCUCUUUGGGGGUCUUCCCCUCCUUGACCUGGUAGCCUAUUGUAGUGUGUGCCCUCUUUCCUAGAUAUCCUUGGGGCUCUACCACCUCUGUAUGGGAGGCCAAGUGUCAAGUUGGGGGUGAAUACAUCAGAUCAGGGCUGAAGGCCUAAAUCCCUCGGGGUGGGGGGACUGGGCAACUCAUUUUAAAGGUGAGUGAACCAGAAUCCGUUGCAUUUUAUUCCAGUUUAAAAAAAUAAAAUAUAAAUACAUAUAUCUAUAAUUAUAAAUGAAUAUAUAUAAAUACAAAGAAAUUGAGUGCUAAGGAUACAGUUGGCUACUGAAUCCUUAACACAAAGUUACCGGCGCAGGGAAAAAUGGUAGCAAGAGUUCUUCCCUGCGAGGCUGGGCUAGGUCCAAAGCCAUUGCAUUGCUUGUUAGCCUUUUGCUUGUUCUCUUAAAGCAUUUUAAAGCCUUUCUUUCUUUCCUUCCUAUCUCAUCUUCCUCACCUAAAGGGUAGACUCUCCUCCAGCUGCUAAGGAGACUAAGGCUUUCUGGUUUAAUGCUUUGGACAGCUGUAUGGGGAAUUCUACCCUUUGGUGUUCAGGAGGACUUAAAUUCCAAUUCCUUAGCUAAGCCUGUUUCAAUCAGGAAUCACCCAUCUUCAAGUGCAGGUCACUCGAAUGAGUGGUGGGUGAGGGGGCUAUGGUUUUGGAAUUAGGUUUCAGCCUCCAGGAAAGUCAGGGUGUGGGUAUCAGGCCACCUCCUGUAUUUGAGAGCACAGGAAGAAGAUAAGUUCUCCUCUGCUCCUUUUUAAAAAAGGCAUCUUUACCUACUGUUGGGGUUUUUGUCUAGGCUUUUCUAAGAUGCAGGAGACCCUUAUCUGAAAUUUAGCACCUGGGUACCUUUCCUCACCUACUUCUCCUUAAAGCCUGUGACUUACUUCCAAGUGUUGCCCUAGGAUUUUAAUGCUUGUUUUAAAGUGUCUUAUUCUUGGUUCCCAAACACAUGAGCCCUCUGAUUAUUAGAGGGAUGAUCGUGAGUAAUCUUCCAGGGACAAAGCACAGAUUGGACUGUUAAAGUUUUAUUAAAACAUAUAUAUAUAUAUACACACACACACACACACACAUAUAUAUAUAUAUAUCUGUGUCUGUGUGUAUGCAUAUCUAUGUGCACACACAUGCAUACAUGUAUAUAUGUUAUAACAGAGCACAUAGAAAACAAAAUUCCAUCAUCUCUUCAGUCCUUGCAAGAGAAAUCAAAUGGACUUAAGUUUAUCAAGGUACUGGAUCUCCAUCCCUAACCAUGAGGUGACUGGAAAGAGACUGUUUGUGCUAAAAUAAUCUUCCGUGGUGGAUUUUAUCUUUUAUGGCCAAAAACUAAUUAAAAAGCAACAAAAUUCUGGACUGAACUAAAUGGAAAGUUUGCCCCUUAAUGAUGGAUGGGGGGGCGUAUGUAUUGGAGGGGCAUCCUAUUUGAGAGACAGUUCAUGAUCAUGGGUAAUCAGAAUUGGGUCCUACUCAGAGACCUGUUCCCUUACUGUCUCCUUAUAGCACAGUGGCUGAGGCCCUCCUUCUAGAACUGUGUAUUAUUAAAUUAACUGUUAUAAAGGAAUAUUCCUUCUGAAAUGUGAGCUGUCCUUUUUUUCUUCCCUUAUCCCUCAUAAAGCAUAAUUAAUACACA